ACUUCCGCUCCAGCGGCCAAACGAAGAAGCUCCACCGUCUCACUAUGCCUUCUCUGUUUCUGUAACGCGAACCUGUCCGGUACCGUGGCAUCACAGCCGGAAGGCGGCUGCCCACCUGUCGGUAUGUCGAUGUCUACGCUGCAAAAGGUGACCCUCGCGACGUGCCUCGUGCUGUGCGUCGCGCUCCUGCUUCCCAAGAUGCUUUUAUCCAGGGGGAGGAAGGAUGCUGCCGAGCGGCCAGAAGGCUCAGGCCAUUUCCCUCCCAUGAUGCAUCGGCAGUCGGCUCCAGAGGGCCGCAGCCAGAGGGCGGCUGCAUCCGGAUUCUCCAGGGCCCACAACUCGGAGGCCAUAGCCAGGGCUAAAGGAGCGGGCACAGGGGCCGGAACUGGAGGCAAAUCCAAUCUGGCGGGACAGAUCAUCCCUGUGUACGGCUUCGGGAUCUUGCUGUACAUCCUCUACAUUUUAUUUAAGAUCACCUCCAAAGGGAACAACAAGCCAUCGGCGAGAAGGUGUCCUCCACAUCGCUCUGAGAACAUGAAGAGGAAGAUCACUGACUUCGAGCUCGCCCAGCUGCAGGAGAAGCUCAGGGAGACGGAGCUGGUGAUGGAGAACAUCGUUUCCAGCGCCCACCACAGCCCUGACAGGGUGACGGGGGUGACGGCGGACCAGGAGGAGAGUCUUCUGCAGCAGCUGUCGGAGAUAACCCGGGUGAUGCAGGAGGGGGAGCUGGUGGAGGGGCUCCUCCCGGAGAAGAGGGCCCAGCGAGUCUGGGACGAUUAUCCAGAGGAACCUCACCCAGGUUGGGACGGCACCCAGUGCAGUUGUCGGCACAGCCCAAAAGGAGCAGCCGAUGCAGAGAGGACAGGAGAACCUCCGGACGACCAGAUGCAAAACUUCCCUGGUGAUUUAAUAGGUGCAGGCGAUGCUGGUGAAACCGUGCCGGGACUUGGUGGUAAGGAGGCCGAGGAAGGGGCAAACGAGGAGGAGGUGGAGCAUCGGUACAACGUGGAAGGUGGUCGGUUCGAUCUGGGCUUCCCCGAGGAGCACCUGGCCGGAGUCCUCAAGGAGCUGGAGCUCACGCUGAAGGUGACGUCCAUGUUGGAGCGGGAGAAAGUGGAGGAGCUCGCCCGGCCAGCGGAGACGGAAGCGUCCGGCAGCUCAGUCAGACGGAGGAACAAGAGAAGGAGGGCCAAGAAGGCCACACCCUGACCCCGCAGUCCUGCUCAGAAACUGUAGCAUGGGCUCGCUCUACGAGGCUGACUCCUUCCACUCCUGCUCUCAUCAGACGGGCAGCAGCAUGAGCGCUGGUGGUAGCAUGGGAAACUUAUCACCAGCCGUGGCAACCUUUACCUGAACUGUGAAACAGAACCUCUGCCACCCGGGCACAGUUCUACUUUAAACUUUAGUAUCUUAAACUGUUUAAUAAGCUAAUUUCAUACUGGAACGCCGACUGUAACUCAUCCAGCUGUUUAUGGGAUCUACUAUUUCAGACAAAUGUUUACAUCCAGCCGUCACUGGCAUGGGUGUCAUAUUAAACGCAGGACUGGACGAUAAUUCAAUAUCAAUAUGUAUCGAUAAAUGUAUAUCGAUGAUAGAAAAAAAAAAGGUAA